AUGCGCAAGUGGUGGCACGGCCUCGCGGCCGCCGGCGCCUUGCUCGCCGCCCUCGCCGCCGCGCUGGCUCUCACCGUGGCCGGGCUGCGGCCGGCGACGUUGCACACGCACGGGCAGCCGUCGUCGUCGGCCGCUGACUCCCGACGGCCGCCGCUGAGGUUCGGGCCAGGGGGAGUGUUCAAGGUGGCCCUGUUCGUGGACCUGCAUUACGGCGAGGACGCGUGGACCGACUGGGGGCCCGCGCAGGACGCCGCGUCCGACCGCGUCAUGGCCGCCGUCCUGGACGCCGAGAACCCAGACUUCGUGGUGUACCUCGGCGACCUGGUGACGGCGAACAACCUCCCGAUCCCCAACGCGAGCCUGUACUGGGACCGCGCCAUCUCGGCCUCCCGAAGCCGGGGCAUCCCGUGGGCGACGGUGUUCGGCAACCACGACGACAUGCCCUUCGAGUGGCCGCCCCAGUGGUUUUCCCCCGACGGCGUCCCGCCGCUGCGCUGCCCGGCGCUGCCGACGAGCACGCCGGAUUCAGGGUGCAGCUUCCGAGGGACUCCCCGGACCGACCUCAUGGCGGCGGAGACCGUCGCCAACAGGCAGCUGUCCUACUCCUCCAGCGGGCCCAGGGAGCUGAGGCCCGGCGUCUCCAACUACGUCCUGCAGGUGCUCUCGCGACGACGAACACGCGACGACGAUCACGACCCGGCCCUGCUCAUGUACUUCCUCGACUCAGGCGGUGGGUCGUACACCGAAGUGGUGUCCAGCGCUCAGGUCAAAUGGUUCCAGAGCCAGUCCCAGUUCCUGAAUCCAAAUGGAAGGAUCCCUGAGCUCAUCUUCUGGCAUAUACCAAGCACGGCGUACGUCAUGGUAGGUCCAAAGGCCAAGUCAGAGAUAAGGAAGCCCUGCGUUGGCUCCAUCAACAAGGAGGAAGUGGCGCCACAGGCAGCUGAAUGGGGCAUGAUGGAUGCUCUCGCCAAGAGGCCGUCAGUUAAGGCAGUGUUUGUUGGGCACAACCACGGGCUGGACUGGUGCUGCCCCUACGAGGAGCUGUGGCUGUGCUUCGCACGGCACACGGGGUACGGGGGAUACGGUGACUGGCCCAAAGGAGCUAGGAUCAUCCAGGUCACGGAAGACCCGUUCUCGGCCGUGUCAUGGAUAGGGAUGGAGAACGGGAGCAGGCACAGCGAUGUUACGCUCAGCUCCUGA